AUGAUUCAAGACGAAGAAUUCGAGAAGUUGGUGUUGACGGAGGAGAGGAUAAAUCUCCUUGGGUUCCGACCACAGAAAGAGAUUUUGACGAACCAUCUGCUGCCAUACGCGAAAGAUCUUGAUGAGGAAUCCAACAGGUUUCUUGCGCAAAUUAAGACGAAUCUCGCAAAGGCUGUUAUGCUUCGUGAGAUGAAACCAGCCUGUGGCAUGUGGUCUGCAAGAUUGAUGAGGUAUAUCAAAAUAUAUGGUCUGAAGUUUGGUAAAGAAGAUCACAUUUCCUUCAUAAAGCUGGUGUAUGAACUAGUUUUGAUCCCGGAUUUGGAACCAUGCAAAGUUCAAAAGUUUGCGACACUUUUCAUCAUGUUGACAAAAGACAGUUAUUUGAUAUCGCCGGAGGAAUUGACGUUACCAUGGAGACCACUCUACGACGCGGGAAAACGAUUAUUUGACAAGAAUUCAAGUAAUACUGGAAUGUUUCACUAUUACAUGUCUUUAGAAGCCACCUACAUGUCAAUGGUGAAGAACGCGAGACCAUAUUUUGAAAUAACCGCUACAAAAGAGAUGCUAGAGAAAUUUCUGCCUUAUGUUGCACCAUGGCCUACGGACUCCCAGUUUGGUGGACCGUUGAGAUUUCUCCCCGUGGGUCUGCAGCCGAAAUAUGCAGCGCAAGGGCAUGAACUGUGGUUUGAUGAGCUGAUGACGUUGUGGGAUACAUGCUAUAACUCACAAGGCGGAGAUCCAGAUCUGCUGGUGUUAUUUGCAAACUUGGCUAAAAAAAACCCUGGCGCCGUGGAUUGGACUCCGCACGUGUCCAAAAUGUUUAUGAGGUUUCUUCAUGCUCUAAACCUGCCUGUUUCCUAUAAGGAUGUGCAGCAUUGCAGGCAUCUGUCAUUAGGGAAUGCGGGCAUGUUUAAUACUAAAGAUCCCACCCUUCUCUUACUUUCUUUAAAUACCAUGGUGGAAGAUAUGAAGCAUGUCGCCUCGUGGAUUGUGUGGACUAUAAAUCCGGAUGGUUUAGUCCUAAAACAUUUACGAUCCUUCCUAGCGGGGGUUGAGAGUUAUCUCCACAGUGCAAACUCUGGCCGCUGGUCAUUCAAACUGAGGGAUCUCCUCCGUAAGCUGGCAAGGGAAUUUCUGAAGAGGGUCCGCAAAGAACGCGAAAAGAAAUACCUAGACAGCUGGGAAAACAACACACCCGAAGGGUAUAAAUUACGCGAAGAAGAUAUUACAGAGUUCGUUAUGAUUGUUCUGGAGCCCACAUUUCAGGCUGUUUAUAGCCGAAAUGGCUCCCUCGAUAUAUCGAUUGCGCUGCAAAACCUCGCAACUCUACGACCAGCUAUUGUCAUUCCUCCUCUUCUUGAGAAGCUUAGGACUUCUCUCACAUCUCUAACAGAGCCUCAUAGGGUAACCGCCGCAAUGUCAGCUGUGGCAGCGGUGGCGAGACCAAUGGUACGCGGAGCGGACGCCGGCUACCCAGAAGGCCCUACCCACGUCGUACCUCUCCUUAUGGCAGUUAUACCCGGCCUAGACCCAAACGACAUUAAAAAGACCAUUGUCACCCUACACUUCAUCCUCAUGUUCAGUACGAUGGUGCCAUACAUAGACUGCAGCUCCGCCCAUGAAUAUUGGCCGGAUUUGACCGAAGAGGAACUUUUGACAUGCGAACUGACCGCCCAGUUCGAAGACUUCAUUUUGCUGCUGCUAGACAAGCUUUUUACUAUCAUCGAGUCAAGUGUGCAAGAAAACGUGCGUUUGGAAACCAAGGACUCGGACGGGAUGAAGAGCAAGACGGAUGCCGUAAUGGAAACGGCUAUAUCGAUGGCGGUUUCAACUGUUCUAAUGCAGUGCUCCCCUAAAAUCUUUACUGAAGCCCUAAGAAAGUUUAAAGCGUUCGCGACUGAGACGACGUAUGAAGCAAACGUCUCAGGUAGUAUGAUCGGUGUUCUUUUGAGGGUGUUCGCCAAAAUAAAUCCCGAAGCCACUCUUGCUGCAUUCCUACCGCAACUUUGUGAGGAAUUGCAGGAACUUCUAGCCACAGAUGAAGCACUGCAUGAGGAAAACCCGCCAAGAGACGUCGUCUAUAGAUUGGUGUUGUUAAUGGAGGUCGUAACCGCCAACGGUACGGUGCUCUUGAGGUAUAUAGAUCGAGUACUACCGGUUCUCGAUCGUGCGCUUAAGUUGCACUCAAAUUACGCGUUAUGCCGGGCGUGCGAAGUUUUGGGUAAUACUCUUCUCUCGCUAUCCGCGAUCGAAUUGAAGGACUCGAAGUGCUCUUCUAAAGAUUACGGGAGCGCUCCAGAAAAGUGGUUGCCGGUAAGAGAGUGGGGUAGUGGGUGUUUGUUAACGGAGGCGGAGUUUAAAUGGCACGUGCCUAGUGAGGAGGAGGCGGCGUGUGCGCAAAUGUUGGUUGACAGAUAUAUUAAUCCCGAAGUGGCUCGCUUGAAGCUCUGGCUUGGCAACGAACGGCCUAUGUGCCGCGAGAGAAGACUGCGCAGCUUUUAUAUUCUCAAUUCCAUGUUUACCUGUACCAAGUUUCUGCCACCGCCCGAUGAGGAACCUGUAUUGCUCCUGGAUUCACAAGUGCCAGCAACAAAUGUACCAUUCACGAAUGGUGUUAAGCAUACAGUGUUGCUGAAUGGUGAAAAUGUGAGAGUAGCCAUGACGCGUUUACUCCUUCAAAUUCAAAGUCGUAUGCUGGCUGAUAAGACGGAUGACACGCGCGGAUUAGAAUUACUGAUACAGCUUUGGGAGCGCGUUACAAUAAUGAAAACCUUACGGAACGGGCCGGGACUAGAAGCGAAAAUACGUUCUCAUAACGCACUAGAACGCGCAUUAGAUGGAGGCAGCGGCGUUGGCAGGAGCGUUUGUAAAGUGGAUGGGGCAAGGCUUCGAAUGGUAUCCGCGCAGGCAGCUAAACUCCAAGAGGAGGCUCGACUAGCAUUGGUUUGCAAUGCUGGUAUUGUUCCGUCGGCGCUAGACGGCCUCAAGGCGUUGUAUGACCUUUCUGUCAACGUGUACACUUCAAUUCGUAUACUCGCUCAAGUCCGUCUGUACUGGAUGCUUGGUAAUUACCCGUACUCUUAUCGCGCACUUGUCCCUAAACUGGUGGAACUCCUGGGCUCUGUUGGAGACGGGGAUGAGGGCCACGCGAAACAUAAAGGUGCUCUGUGCAUACUCCUGGCACCGAAAAUGACGCCCCUUAUCGCUAAGCAGGAUUGGGAAGUGAUACGCGUCAUGUGGCCUGCAAUAUUAAAAGCGCCACUUAGUGAAAAACCUAGUAUACACAGACUAGAACAAGCCUUCAGUGACGUCAUACAUCGCCACUUCCCGGCAACGAACACCCGACUGGCGAUGACGGAUAAAUCUGUGGACGCAGCGAGAAGUUUGCUCACUGACGAGGAGCUAAAUGAUCCAAUAUUCGUUCAGCAAUUGGCGAAGGCGAAGGAAUAUGAAGAAAGUACUUCAGAUAGAUUUGAAAAGCUCUAUCUGGAAUUGAUAGACGAAUUGGUGGAUAUAGCUGAGUCGUCUAGUGUCCAAUGGCGGCGUCUAGAACUGGUCAUGCAAAUGUUAUUCUCCUGUCCAUCUCUUCAAACCCAGUACCCUCCGCGCGCAGUGAAGCUAUUCGCUAAAGGAUUACUACACGAAAAUAUUGGCGUAAGACGGAUAGCCCAGAAACUAAUCCACUACGCGCUCAAACAACGUAAACGGAAGUUAAAAAAAAUCGAAGUCGAUCCAUACGAAGUGGCCGGUGUCACUAAACCGGAAAAACAUAUACCGGGUUACAGGAAUGAUUUAGAGUGGGCAACGUGGUCGAAAGAUAAGGAACUAAAAACGGACGAGGAUUGGGAUAGACCAUGGUUACGGAAUUACACAACUGGAUUUUACGCUUGGCCUAAGAAAUUAGAGGUAGCAGCACCUCUGAAAGAACAGAACUUCGCUUGGGACACGAGCCCCGAAGACAUGGAGGAAGGCGAAAGAUAUAUUUACGAGUUCUUUAGCGACGAAGGGAAUAUCAACAAGCUCAUUAAUUUUUUGACGGUGGAAGAGAAAAAAGGAAAGGACAAGUUCAAUGGAACGCGCACAACCAUGUUUAGGAUGCUAUUCGCGCAUUACGGCCUACGCAUUACGAAUAAACUGAUGGAGCAUGCGAUUUCGUGCGCGGGCAGCUCGGAGGAGUCCAAGCAGCGCUUUGCUGCUGAAAUCGGGUGCGCAGCUUUACGAGCGCCACGUUAUUGGAGACGUGAGGACGCGCUGGCGAUACAGCGGGACGCAGUUAAAAUUUUUACAGCGGGAUUAACCGCAGUGAUCCCAGAAACACAAGAGGAUUGGGGUACAGCUGUGGCAACGGCCGCCGACAAAAUGGAUCCCGUGCGCAACAGUGAGGUGCUUCGUGCUCUCCUACAACUUUGUUCGCCAUCGCCAUCUACCGGCGACACAACACCUGAUAAAGAGACGUCAUUCGUCGCUAGCGCAAGGCUGUACGCAUUUCAGGGUGCCGUAACGACUUUGUCAUGGCGCGCUGCUCCCUUAGCUGGUGAAUUACUGGAGCGCUUAGAAGCAGCCAAUUUUAUUCAGCAUCCUUUUGAGAACGUGCGAGCGACCGUUGGAAGUUUAUUGAUGACAAUAUUCAACUUGGAGGUGGUGUUCCCUGGAGGCGAGAACUCGUGUAUGGCACCAAGGCUCAAGGAUUUCUUGUCUGUCGUAAAACCAAGAUUGGCCGCCCUAUACGAUGAAAAAGGAGAUAUUGUGAUAAAAUCAACAGCUACAAGACCCUUGGAACCCUGCAGCACUUCUGCUCAAAGUGGGCCGCGGCCAAGCUACACACUGAUGCAGCAAAUUCGCACACUUGUUCAGGCACAUAUGGAAAAUUCGCAUAUGGAUCAUGCGCACACGCAGGUGGGACCGGCCGACGGACACGAAAGUGAAGUUCAAGGGGAAAUGGAGGCGGAAUCUCUAAUCGAAAAGGAACGUUUACCCGAACGUCUUGAGAGUAUGCUACAGUUGGCCGGCGAUUCGACGACAUCUGCGCACGCGCAUCAUGAACACGCCGUCCACCUACUGACAACAGUGUUAACUGGAUGUACGGGCGUAACGAUACGAGGCAUUAACAGCAACAUGGAGACUCAAUUCGAGUUAGUCCCGAUAGCGUGUGCGCUGGCCUCUCGAGGCACCACCCAACCACACGAAGAACUACCUCGCGCUGCCAGCGGCUUUCUUGGGUCGCUGGCUCAGGCGCAUUAUAGCGGCGCAGCAUUUGAUUGCAUGCUUCGGAUGCUAGAAGACAUGGCCAACGGCAAAUCGUGGUGGGCGCGGCUUGCCUGCCUCGACUUUGCCUUGCCCCUGCUGUUCUAUGGGCUGCCGAUGCUGUGUGAACGACCUGAGAGAGCGGUCAGAGCAGAGAACUUUACAAUGAAGCUUAUGAAAGAUACGAGGGUUGAGGUCCGACAAUCCGCCGCGAAGUUACUUACGGGUCUGAUGCACUGCCGCGCUCUACUCGACGAGGAAAAAACACUUCGAACCCUUAUCCGAAGCUGUCAUUCCAAACAACUAGACGAACGUCACUGCGGCGUUCUUGGCCUGUGCGCCUAUUUAUCAUCGCGGCCGUACAGCCUCGGGCCGAAAUUAGGUGACGUGUUGACAGAAUUGGCACGUCACACGAACGCGCCAGAUCCUAUACCAGCCACCAUACGCACAGCCCUAGCUGACUUUAGACGCACGCACCAAGACGACUGGCCCAAACACAGGGACCAGCUUACAGAAGAGGAACUCGACCUGCUCGCUGAUCUAACUUCUCCGCCCACUUAUUGCGCUUAA